AUGGCGGGCCAGAAAAGAGCACGAUCGCAGAAACAAUCGCAGUCUUCUAAAAGUGCAAGAAAGAAAGUGCUCAACGCCAACGAUCCUAGGCCGGUUCUUGACUUGUGGGUACCGCUGCCGAAAGAUGCCGAUUCCCUACCGCAAACGGUAAUGGUUUGGAGACUUCUGGAUCGAUUGGAGUCGACUGGGUUUAGUCACGCUGCCUUGACCCAUACGGUUUACGGUCGCCCUACACCAAAUACGGAUGAUGCCGAGAGCGCGCUUCCCGAUUCUCUUUGGAAAGACCGACCAGUGACCAAAGGAAUCAAAAAAGCUAAUAUCAAGGUGUUGCGAAGGCUGCACGUAGUUGUUGAAAAUUUGGUCGAUCUGGGACGAUACAAUGGGCCCGCCAUCGAUGGAUACGAUCUUGUUUCUAUUUCACCGCGCAAUGACGCAGCUUUUUCCGCAGCGUGUUCAUCUGCAUUGGCUGCGCAGAUCAUCACUCUAGACUACACAGCUGGUCGAGGCGGUAAUCAGCUUCCUUUCAAAAUUGGAGCGGUGGAUGUCAGGGCGGCCAUUGAGCGCAAAGCUGUGUUUGAAAUUCCGUACGCACCAGCAAUUCUGAAUCGCAACCAAAGAAAGGCCAUUAUUCAGACUUGCCGAGAGCUACAAGUCGCCAGUUUGGGAGUCACCCCACAAGUUCUAGUGUCAUCAGGACCGCGAACCGAACGGAAUUUCGAUGCGGGUCCCAUGGCUCUACGAAUGCCCAGUGAUGUAGUGAAUUUGUUGCGCACAGUCAUGCAUUUUGAUGAGCAAGUUUCAUCCCAGGCGCUGACGAUGGGCCCAAAUUUUGCUUUGGAGCAAUCGAAGCGGUAUCGAUUCGGAAAGUCUUUGAUCACGGACAUACACACUGAAGCCUCAUAUACUGAUGAAGAUGAAAAACACCUUGAAAUAUUGGAUCAAGGGAACAGAAAAACGAAAGGAACGAGUAGCAAAAUUGCUGAGCCCGACGGGGAUGGAGACGUGGUCAUUGAGGACGGAUUUAUUGCAUUGUAA